AUGGAGCGGGCUCCCAACCUGCUUCUCCUCUGCAUCUUCACCUUUGCCAUGGUUCUGGUGCCAGAAGCCAAGGAUGAAAGCAGAGCAGCCAAGGGGAGGAGAAGGGGCCCUUCACGGCUCCCCAUGGCCGCUCCCGCCCUGGCCAGGGCCCCGGACGACCCUUACACUCCAAUGGAGGACUACGAGCGCAGCAUCCAGGACAUGGUGCACCAGCUGAGGAAUGGCUCCGAGCCAGGCGACACCAAGUGCCAGGUCAAUCUGCGUCUCUGGAGGUCCAACCGCAGGAGCCUGUCCCCCUGGGCCUACAGAUGCAGGGGUGACCACAGCUCCAGCAUCUCAAAGCAACCAUGACGCAGUGCUCCCCAUAUCAUGCAGUGCAUCAACCACGAUGCCACGCGGAUCCCGGCAGACAUCCCCGAGGCCCGGUGCCUCUGCACUGGCUGCAUCAACCCCUUCACCAUGCAGGAGGACCGCACCAUGGCCAGCAUUCCCAUCUACAGUCGGCUGCCUGUCCGGAGGCUGCUCUGCCAGGCACCAGGCGAGGUGGGGCACAAGGCCUCCGGGAGGAAGAAGUGUCACAAGAAGUACCAGAUGGUCAUGGAGACCAUCGCUGUGGGCUGCACUUGCAUCUUCUGA